AUGCCGGUCCUUGUUCAGCGCCUUCCCGACCCUCGAACUGCCACACCGAGGCACGCUGAUGGCGAGCAGGUGCUGGCGAAGGCGGAGAAGGUUGGCCAACAUCAACAACUGUUGUUGCCGCUCAGAGGUGGAAUUGGCUUCUUCCCGCAUGAACAGUUGCGCGAUCAUCUCGUCGUCGUUGUCCAUCGCGGCAAUCCGCCGAACACCUUGUGGGCGGUGGGCGACGGGGGAGACACCGAUGCCAACGUAUUAAGUGAGAUGAACGACAGCAUGCCUGUAGUUAGCAAGAUGUAUUGCUUAAGCACUCCAGCUGUGCUGAUGAUCAGGAGGAGACCCAUGGUAGUGAAUGGUGGUGGCUUUGUUGUUACUGACCUAAGCCAUAAUGUUGUCUUCAUUGUGGACGGUUGUGGUAUACUUGGAUCUAAGGGGGAGCUCAUGGUGAAAGACGGUGAUGGAGAACAAAUACUGUUCAUUUCUAGAAAGGGAGGAAUUGUCCAAGCUCUAAGCACUCGGAACAAAUGGAAUGGGUACUCAAUGGACUAUCAAGGGAAAAACAAGUUGGUCUUUAGCCUAACUGAUCCAAAAUCAUGCAUAGCAAAGGGUGCACCGGUUAGAGUUCACAUUGAACCAAAGAGGCACUGCAAUAAUUGGGACUUUGAGAUCUGUGGAUCUUUUGCAGAUAGAAACUGCAGAAUAAUUGAUUGUACUGGCAAAAUAGUUGCACAGAUGGGGAAGAAAGAGCUGAUAGGGAGCAAUGACUUCUACCACGUGACAGUGCAGUCAGGAUGCGACCAGGCUUUUAUCAUUGGGGUGAUGGCAGUUCUUGACAACAUCUAUGGAGAAUCCACCAGAUGCUAAUAAAAUGAAUGGG